AUAGGAAACUCGUGGCUGGGCUUGUUCCAUCCCCAAGCCGGGUCUCCAGCCUGCAGUCCAGCCCCGGGGCCGCCAUGCCUCCCUGGCUCCCUGCCUUGUUGUGCCUCGGACUGUGUCUCAGUUGGAGGAUCAAGGCACAGGACCAUCUACUCCCCAAACCCUCCCUCUGGGCAAAGCCAGACCAUGUGAUGCCUGAGGGGCAACUUGUGACCAUCUGGUGUCAGGGCCCUUCUGGGGCUAUAGGUUACAAGCUGGAGAAAGUGGGAACCUUUUGGUUUAUGUUGUCCUACCCUAAUGGGAAUAAAGAAGCUUCAUUCGUUCUGGGGGAAAUGAGAGUAGAAGCUGCUGGUCUUUACCGCUGUCACUACUGGACCUCAUCUGGCAGGACAGAGUCCAGUGACCCUCUGAUGCUGAUUGUGACAGGCCAAUAUGACAAACCCAACCUGUCCGCCAUGCCCAGCUCUGUGGUGGCCCCAGGGCAGACCGUGACCUUCCACUGUCAAUCUUUAUACCGCCUGGAUGGCUUCGUGAUGUCUAAAGACCAAGCAGACAAUGUGAGCCCUCAUUAUGAGUGGAAGACUCUGGCCAGCUUCUCCAUCCCGGCUGUGACAGCUGCCCAUGGGGGCACUUACCGAUGUCACACUUUUCACAAUGACUUCCCUUAUGUGUGGUCAGCCCCCAGCAACCCCCUGGUCCUCAGGGUCACAGACACUCCUGAAGAGUGCAGCCUCCCAGUUCCCAGGGAACCAGACCCCACAAGCCGAGCCUCCUCUCCAGAACAUUCAGACCUGCUGUUUGGUCUCCCCAGGCUCACAGCAAGCAUCCUGAUGGGCAUGUUGGCACUCAUCAUCCUGCUCUUCCUCUCCCUUCUCUUCUUCCUCCUUCAACGCUGCAGCCAACAUCAGGCUAGACUCAAGACCAGGGGCAGAAAGGCAGAAAUCAAGAAGGCCCUGAGAAGCUCUGACCCAGCUGGGACCCCUCUGGAGGAGACCCCAUAUGCUGCUGUGAAUGAUGACGGACAGACAGAGGAGUCCAGACAGGAGGACACUGCUGUGAUUCACUCAGACAUCUCUCCUUCUGGAGGGAACAGGGAGGGAAAGGCUUCCCCAAGGUCCCAUGCAGCUGGGAGGGUUCAGGUUCCUUUCCCCUCCUCAGCCCUCCUGUCCCAUGUCCCAAGCGAUCCCUUCAUCCCCUUCUGCCAGGCUCCCAAAAGGGAAGACCCUCAGGAGGUGACCUACGCCCAGCUGAAUCCCAACAGCCUCAAGGCUGGAUUGGAGGCCCCUCCCCCCUCAGGACCAGUGGAGCCCAGCCUCUAUGCCGCCCUGCGGUAAGCUCAGCCCUCGCCCAGGGGACACCAAAAGGAAGAGGCCUCUCCCCAUGCAGGCUCUGCUUUCUGAGGGCAGACCCUGUCCCAGUAUUAACCCAGGUGUUAGGAUCCUUUCCCAUUACAGCAGGUACCCAGUAAUUUCAUUUCUGUUGUGGCAGCAGCCAGGUUGUGUGUGUCUAUCCUUGGUGGGUCUCAGAGGUAGCAUUGGUAGCCUAUGUGAGCUCAUCUUCUACUUUCUGCAACCUACCAAAAAAAAAGAAAAAAAAAAAGAGCAGGCUCUCACAUUAUCAAUGAAUUCACCAGCAGGGAA